UCCCACAAUCCCUUGCUGGCAGAAGCUCGUGUGGACGGCUAUGGCGUCUUCUUGAAGCAAAGAGAAAUCGUAACUGUGGUGUUGACAAGUGAACAAGAUGGCAGCCGACUCCGCAGACAAGAAGGAUGGUGAAUCCUCAGGGACCAAAGACAGGGAGAGGACACGAGAACGAGAUCGUAAAAGCUCGCCUUCACGCAAACGCCAUCGGUCUCGUGAACGAAAUCGCUCUAAAUCUCCAGAUAGAGAUCGUCGCAUGAAAGACAAGGAUAGAGACAAGGAACGUGACAGAGACAAGGACAGAGACAGGGGCCGCAAGGACAGAGACGGCCAUCGACGUGAUAAAGAUCGCAAGAGGUCCAGGAGUUUAUCACCCAAGUCAAAAGAUUCCAAGUUAAAGAGAGAUAAGGACAUAAAAACUGAAGAGGAUGAAGAUGAUCCAAAGAAGAAAGAGAAGGUCCAGCCACUGUCUUUGGAAGAGCUUCUCGCCAAGAAGAAGGCAGAAGAGGAAGCAGAGGCAAAGCCCAAGUUCUUGUCAAAGGCAGAGCGAGAAGCCGAGGCUCUGAAACGCCGUGAGCAGCAGACAGAGGAGAGGAAGAGGAUGAUAGAAGAGGAGAGGAAGAAGAGAAGGUUGUUCCAGGACACAGGACGAAAAAUGAUGGAGGACCCACAAGAAAGGGAGAGGCGAGAGCGGAGAGAGCGAAUGGAGCGGGAGAAUAAUGGGAAUGAAGAAGAUGACGGACGACAAAAACUCAGAGAGGAGAAAGAUAAAGGCAAAGAGCUGCAGGCCAUCAAGGAGCGUUACCUGGGCGGGCUCAAGAAACGCCGGAGAACGCGUCACCUGAAUGACAGGAAGUUUGUGUUUGAGUGGGAUGCUUCUGAGGACACGUCAGUCGACUACAACCCAAUUUACAAAGAAAAGCAUCAGGUACAGCUGUAUGGACGAGGCUUCAUCGCCGGCAUCGACUUGAAGCAGCAGAAAAGAGAGCAGUCACGUUUCUAUGGUGACCUGAUGGAGAAGAGGCGCACACUGGAAGAAAAAGAGCAGGAGGAGACGAGGCUGAAGAAGAUGCGUAAGAAGGAAGCCAAGCAGCGCUGGGAUGACAGACACUGGUCUCAGAAGAAGCUGGAGGAGAUGACAGACAGAGACUGGCGAAUCUUCAGAGAGGACUAUAGCAUCACCACCAAGGGAGGAAAGAUCCCGAACCCGAUCAGGAACUGGAAGGAGUACCAGCUGCCCGCACAUAUCCUGGAGGUCAUCGACAAAUGUGGCUACAAGGAUCCGACACCUAUCCAGAGGCAGGCCAUUCCUAUUGGCUUACAGAACCGUGACAUCAUUGGUGUGGCUGAGACUGGUAGCGGUAAAACGGCUGCUUUCCUGAUUCCACUGCUGGUCUGGAUUACAACCCUUCCAAAAAUAGACAGGAUUGAGGACUCUGAUCAGGGUCCAUAUGCUGUGAUCCUGGCUCCCACUCGUGAGUUGGCACAGCAGAUUGAAGAGGAGACCAUUAAGUUUGGUAAACCGCUCGGCAUCCGUACGGUGGCUGUGAUUGGAGGAAUCUCCAGAGAGGACCAGGGCUUCCGUCUCAGGAUGGGCUGCGAGAUUGUGAUUGCCACCCCUGGACGUCUGAUCGACGUGCUGGAGAACCGCUACUUAGUCCUGGGCCGCUGUACCUAUGUGGUCCUGGACGAGGCCGAUCGUAUGAUUGACAUGGGCUUCGAGCCCGAUGUGCAGAAGAUUCUGGAGUACAUCCCAGUGACCAACCAGAAACCAGACACAGACGAAGCAGAGGACCCCGAGAAAAUGAAGAUGAACUUUGAUUCUGGAAAACAUAAAUACAGACAAACGGUCAUGUUCACAGCUACUAUGCCUCCAGCUGUGGAGCGACUGGCCAGGAGCUACUUGAGACGUCCCGCCGUGGUUUACAUCGGCUCUGCUGGCAAACCUCACGAGAGAGUGGAACAGAAGGUCCUGCUCAUGGGAGAGGGAGAGAAGAGGAAGAAGCUGCUGGAGGUGUUGUCGCAUGGUUUCGAGCCUCCCAUCAUCAUCUUCGUCAACCAGAAGAAGGGUUGCGACGUGCUGGCUAAGUCUCUGGAGAAGAUGGGGUACAACGCCUGUACGCUGCACGGUGGCAAAGGUCAGGAACAGAGAGAGUUUGCGCUUUCCAACCUCAAAGCUGGAGCCAAAGACAUCCUGGUGGCCACAGACGUUGCUGGUCGAGGUAUUGAUAUCCAGGACGUCUCCAUGGUUCUUAACUACGACAUGGCGAAGAACAUCGAAGACUACAUUCAUCGUAUCGGUCGUACUGGUCGUGCUGGUAAGAGUGGUGUGGCCAUGACCUUCCUCACUAAAGAGGACUCAGCGGUGUUUUACGACCUAAAGCAGGCCAUCCUGGAGAGCCCGGUCUCCCAGUGCCCUCCGGAACUGGCCAACCACCCGGACGCUCAGCACAAACCUGGUACCAUCUUGACCAAGAAGAGACGCGAGGAGACCAUCUUUGCCUGAUUUAUCUCGUGGCUGUCGGACUGUAUGCACUGAACACACAACACACAGGAGUUUCAGACUGUUUUAUCACCUUCCUCCAUCGUAUCUCAGGAUAUGUAUUUGUCUCACAUUUAGGAUUAUUUAGUAUUUCUGAUUUCCAAUUCUGUCAGUUUCUGUGUUUUAGUCCAUUCUGUGGGUAGUGAUGUCCUUUUUUCACCUGAUUUAAAACACAUUAACUGGUGCAAAAAUGAUCACAGCAACUGUUUUUUUGGCAUUGUGAGGCUCAAAUGUGGACUCAGAUGUGUGUGUAUUUGACUAUUUUUACACAGUUCAUAACUGUGUAAUAAAUGUUACUUGUAAUGUUUCUAUAUACAAGAGUGCAGGUCCAGGAUCACUGAUGAUGCAGCUGAUGUGUAAAAAAAGCUUAUUUUCUGUUAUCAAAUGUGAUAAAUACCAGCUAGGAGUUGAGUGCAGAUGAGUAGAAGUAAAUGCUGUGUAAAACAUCUUUCUUUUUUAUUUUACAUUUUCAGUCACUAUACUUUGAGUUUCCUGGCUUUCCGUAAGAGACCAAUUGCAGAAGUUAUGGAUUAUUUUUUGUUCGCUGACUAAAUUACAACGUACAGUUUUAAAUAUAAACAUUUGUAUGAAGUGAAUACAGAAAAUGUGACAUUUGUCUCAUAACUGCCUAAAUAAUGAAUGUGACUGGCUGACAUCUGCUUGACCACAGAAGUGUGUUCAAUGACUAAAUCUUGAAUGCAGAAAAAGGGUUGAAAUCUUCAAACAUGUAAAUAAAAACCAAAUGUCAGGCAGGCAUAAUGUGGAUGUUUUGAUUUAAAAAAAGCACUAAUUGGUUAUGACUUAUUCAUUAAAGUGUCUUUUUUAAGGAUUUCGAUCUUGUCUUAAUCAGGAUUCAGAUCAAUAGAAAAUACCUGAGUGUUACCUUUUAUAUGUGUUCAUUCAGGGCUGUGUCCUGAUUGGCUAUGUGGGACAACAGGUGGGAGAUAAUGAGUGUCAAUCAGGAAGAUUGCUCAUUAUACUAUUUUUUUUUCAUGUCAUUUACCUGAUGUGUUUUUGAGUUGUUUUAUGAACAUGUCAUGUAAACAAUAAAGGCUUUUUAAAUGAAAUGCAACAUAUUUUACAUGCCCU